GUGUCAACCGACCUCGUCAUCCUUUGCACAAAGCGAAUAAAACCUCAACACAUCAUCUUCCCCACUCACCACCUGCCGCCCCAUCACCCCUCUCUCAUACAAACCACUACAAUCACCCCUGAAUUACGGUGCUCGGAUCAUGACCGCGAAACAACCGAAAUCAAUUCUCAAGAAAACCCGAGAACCCUCUGCCCCUACCACAACCGUCGUUGGCAGCACGAUUGUUCGCACGGGUCCACCAACACCCCAAUCGAAGCCCCUCCCAACUCCUGAGGAAGCCCGAGCAAUUGCACUCUCUCACGCCCACUCAAUCCAAAUCCGCAAAGUCCUCGAGCUCUCAAUUUUAACCUCCUUGGAGCAAUUGGUAGACUUCCCACUUCCAGACAGCACUUCUACCGAUUUAAAAUGCCACCUCCGCUACUUCCAACCCUCGGACUUCGAUUCCUUAAUGGAGGAGCGAAGGAUCUGUGAUAAAUGCUCGUACCCGCUAUGCCCUAACCCCCCUAAGAGGUUAGCCGGUGGAGGGAAGUCUACCUAUGCCCUAGUAAACAAAGGGAAGAAAACUAUGAGGUUUGUGGAGAAAGAAAAACUCGAGCGAUUCUGCAGCGAUAUUUGUGCCCGGCAGGGAUUGUGGCUGAGGAUUCAACUGAACCCUGAGCCAGCUUGGACCAGAGCAGAAACAAUUAGCGAUGCUCAAGUCGAUGAUAAAGGUGCUGUUUCGGGAUUGGACCUCACGGGCGAGAAGUGGCGUGGUGGGCUUGAGUCUAAAAUCCUCUUGUUGGAGGAAGCGGAAGAGCAAAGACGGCAGGCAAAAUGGAACAACACUAGGGAAGCAGAUAUUAAAAAGCUUGAGGAGGAGCUGAUGGAGGUUGGGAUUAGUUUUGAAAAAGAAACUCGAGGGCCGAAGCAAAGCGAUUCCUUGUCCGUCGAUAUCAAGGAGAGGAAGAACGAAGCAGGCAUGGCCAACCCCCCAGAGUUAAUCUUGACAGAUGAGAAUGGCUCCAGAGUUCGUGCGAUCGAGGGGUAUACACCAAAGAUUGGCCCCGUGUAUACACGAAAAAUCAGUACCGAGAAGGGAGAAUAGUUGUAAAUUAGAGCAUAUAUCUGGCUUUCAGGACAAUACUUUUAGCUUGUUCUUUCUG